UACCGUCUCACCUCAAGUCUACCGCUGCCUAAUUCCGAGCCAUUUCAAGUUUUGAAGUGUGAUAAUGAACUAGUAGAAAAAUGAUGAAUAAUUUUACUGAUUAGGUUAUACCAGUUUUUAGCUGGAUGGUUUAUUUUAAAAGUUUUGUUCAAUCAAUUUAUCUGUUCUGAAUUUUAUUUCAAUUGUUAAUUGAGUCUUAAGAUAGAUUAGAAUCUUUUAAAUCAACUGGGACAAAAUGAGCAGAAAGUCUAAACCUAUGGAAGCUGUUGUACUUCUUAUCGAUAUUGGAGAGCCUGUUAGUCAUGAAGAUAAAGAUGGUCAGUCAUUUCUACUAAAAAGUAAGCAGUGUGCUUCAAGAAUCAUUCAACGCAAGAUAUUUUCGGAUGCUACUGAUCAAUUCAGUCUCAUUUUUGUUGGGUCAAGCAAGACGGAUAAUGACCUGAACUACCCCCACAUAGAAGUGAAGCAGAAAUGGUUUGUGCCACCUAACUGGGAUUUGUUGAAGGCCGUUGAUGACAUGAAGGCUACUGAUGUAAAAAGUGCGGACUGGUUAGACGGCUUGAUUGUUGCUGUCAAUCUUCUGAAGCAUGAGACCGAGGGCAGAAAAUUUACGAGCCAAAAAAUUGUAAUGCUGUCAAAUUUUGCCACACGUUUGCAGUCACAGGAUCACGUUGAAGAGGUUAUUGAAACAUUGAAAGAUAUGCAAAUAAACUUGGUAGUAAUAGGUCCUGACAUUGAUGAUGAUCUAUCUAGUGAAGAAACAAAGUCCAAUAUUCAACAGAAAGGAGAAGUCCUCAUAGGCAGGAUUGUGGAUGAAGUAGAUGGAGUAAUAUGUGGAUUUGCAGAAGCUAUGUUACAAUUAGAUCAUUUUCAAAAGUGUGUUGGAAAAGCAGCACCCUGGCACUGUAAUUUAGACAUUGGAGAAGAAAUAUCUAUACCAAUUACCGGAUAUAAGAAAUUUGCUCCUAAAAAAAUGCUUACUUGGAAGAAAAAGAGCAUUGAAAAUACACCAGUAGUAGAGGAGACAGUGUUCCUACUAGGAGAUGAAGAGGUAGACAAGGCAGAUGUCAUUCAUGGUUACUUAUUUGGCAGAACUGUUGUUCCUAUAUCAGGAGAGGACAAAAUGUCAAUGGCAAUAAAAACACAAAAGUGUUUUGAUGUAAUUGGCUUUACGAAGAAACAGAAUGUUCCACGCCACAUGUUUAUGGGUGACUCAGCACACUACAUUGUACCAAGGAAGGGGAUCAAGGGAGCCCAAAUAGCAGUUACAGCUUUGGUGAAAGCUCUUCUAGAAGAAAGCAUGGUUGCUAUUGUCCGUAAAGUCUAUAGCAAGAACAGUGCCCCUAAAAUAGGAGCUUUGAUACCAACUUGUGAGGAUGAAUUUUAUUUCUUUUAUUAUGUGCAACUGCCUUAUGCUGAGGAUGAGCGUAGGGUGAAACUUCCUUCGCUGAGUAAAGUUCAGCUCUCACAAGACCAGUUUGAUGCUAUUGGCCAACUUAUAGACGAUAUGGACCUCACGCAACUAGAUGAGGAUGAAGAUCCUUACAGCCAGUUGAUAAAUCCUGCAGUGGAGCACUUGAACAACAUGGUCGUCUUUAAAGCACUCCAUCCUGAUUCAAAGUUACCAUCAGAAUUAAGUGUUAACAUAAAGAAAAUGCUACAACCCAAGCCAGAAAUUCUUGAAAAAGCCUCCACCUCUUUAGAUAAAAUUAGAACACUGUUUAAACUUGAAGAGGUAGAGCAGAAAAGUUACCGGAAAGAAGCGGCAGAUCUCUUUAAAAGUUCUACAAGCAAUGGUAUAGAAGUUGAAGUUAAACCUGAGGAUUUGGCUGAUUCAAUUGUAGGAUUAGUUCGAAGCACAGUUACUGAAAUAGGAACGGUUGAUCCUGAAGGUGAUUUUCUCAAAUUAAAGGAACUUGGUGAACCUUUUGGGAAAAUCUGUGAUCAAAUGCAGAAUGUUAUCAAAAAAUUGAUAUUUUUGUCAAGCGACACUGUUGGAACUCGUAAACCACUCGCAGCUCUCACAUUACUACGUGAACACUGCAAAAAGCUGAGCCCUUUGGCUUACAAUAGAUUUGUUGCGUCAAUCAAAGAUGACCUGAUAGAAAUAGGACACAGUGAGUUUUGGGAGAAAAUUGUACAAGAUAAACUUGGAUUGAUAACAUCUGUAGAAAAUGAAGAAAGCACAGUAAGCCCUGAUGAGGCAGACACAUUUUAUCAGAUAAAGACAUGUGAAUUACAAAGUGAACAGGAUUAUGAGUUGGAAGCUGAAGACAUGCUGGAUAUGCUGUAAAUUCACAAAGAAGAAAUAAAUGGGCAACAUAAAACAAAAAUAAACUCAGUAAGAUUUAUUGAUUUGUAAUUUAGGAAUGUAAUUUAAGUUUUUGAAAAUAAAACAUUGUUAUAUAA